AUGACAACAACAGUUUCUGUUGUCCUUCCAUACGAUAUCACAAUCGGAGACCACAAGGUCAACAUUCACCUCGAAGAUCAGACAAAGGAGGCUUCAUCCCAAGUUACAAUUGCAUUCACAGUCGCUUCUGCGAUUGAUAACAACGAGAAACCAUCUAAUGGAACAAGCAAUGCUAACCAGAACAGCGCCCAGAAGACAAGUAAGGCUUCAUUAGGCGGCAUCUAUGCAGGCAUUGCCAUCGUUUGCUUAGUAUUAGUUGCACUUCUCGUUGUCGGUGCAGUCCUCCUUAUCAAGAAGAAGGGAUCUUCUCAGCCACAAGAUUCCGUCAGUGAUCACAGUGACCUUGAGGAAAGAGAAACUCAAGUAUUAAGCACAGCAACAUCUGUCACACCAGAGGAAGUUGCAACACAUGAUAACCCAUUAUUCAGCACAAACGAAAUUGCACACGAUAAUGAUCCAUUCUCUGAUGAAUUUGAAGAACAACCAAUUUAA